AUGCAAGCAGGCCAUUGGUCCAUGAUUGUGUUUUGGAAUGAGGUUCCGCAGCAACCACCAAACGGUGAUGAUGUGGACUAUCCAGGUUAUGAGGAUCCGCAUGGUGACAUGCCUGUGGACGAUGAGGAUAUGCCACCGCCUCAAAGCCAACAGCCAGAACCGGAUCUCCACAAUGAACCGAUAGAGCUCGGCUCUGGCGGUGAUCCUCCUGCUCCUCCCGCAAACGGCGCCUUCGUGCCGGUACCGGAGAAUGACAGUUCUGACUUGGAAAUGGAUCCCGGGAACAACGAUGGAGACCAUCCACCAGGAGGCGGUCCCUCUGGACCGGGGCCUGGUUAUGGACCUUCGCCAGAUGAGCUGCCGGUUCAUAUGGAGUAUCAUGAUGAGCCACCUCCUCCUGGAGGUAUUGAGUCCACCUAUGCCGUGGCCAGCACCAGCAACACCAAUUGUUCCAGAAUGUCGCUCCGACGCGUGCGCGCGGUGCACAUCCGGACGAUUUUUCCGAAGCCAAAGCGAGA